UGUGUUUUGCCUUUUCAGUAAGAAGAAAUGCUGUAAGUCUUUCACUAUUGAAACUUUAAGGUCAGAGGCUGGAAGAAAAGUCAGGAAGAACAUGGCCUGGCCAAGUAUUUUUCAGAGAGGAACUCUGCUGUCCCGGUUCAGCCACCAUCAUGUGGUCGUGUUCCUGCUCACCUUCUUCAGUUAUUCAUUGUUGCAUGCAUCAAGAAAAACAUUCAGCAAUGUCAAAGUCAGCAUAUCUAAGCAGUGGACCCCAACUGCUUUUAACAGAUCGAUUGAACCUGAAGAGCUCUGGAGCAGCAACCAUCUGUUCCCCAGCGCAGAGGAGGCCACUCUUUUCCUUGGGACGCUGGACACCAUUUUCCUCUUCUCCUAUGCCGUGGGCCUUUUCAUCAGCGGUAUUGUUGGGGAUCGGCUUAAUUUACGAAGUGUUCUAUCUUUUGGCAUGUGCUCUUCUGCAUUGGUGUAUGCCUUUCUGGUGACAGCGGCUGUGCAGUUUGCUGGUGGGAUUGUCAUCUUCUUUGGACUCCUGGUGUCACCUGAAGAAAUUGGUCUCCCAGGUGUUGAGGCAGAAGACCAUUUUGAAGAAGACUCGCACAGGCCGUUAAUUAAUGGUGCUGAAAAUGAAGAUGACUAUGAGCCUAACUAUUCAGUCCAAGAAGGCAGUACUGUCGCCCAAGUGAAGGCAAUCAGCCUCUAUCAGGCUUGUUGCCUUCCUGGAGUUACACUGUACUCACUGGCCUAUGCCUGCUUGAAAUUAGUGAAUUACUCCUUCUUUUUCUGGUUGCCCUUUUACUUGAGUAACAACUUUGGAUGGAAGGAGGCUGAAGCUGACAAGCUGUCCAUUUGGUACGAUGUUGGAGGAAUUAUAGGCGGAACUCUGCAAGGCUUCAUCUCUGAUGUGUUACAGAAGAGAGCACCAGUUUUAGCUCUGAGCCUGCUUCUGGCAAUUGGGUCCCUGGUUGGCUACAGUCGUUCCCCGGACAACAAGUCCGUGAAUGCUCUUCUGAUGGCUGUGACAGGAUUUUUUAUUGGUGGACCUUCUAAUAUGAUUAGUUCUGCUAUUUCUGCUGACUUGGGUCGCCAGGAGCUCAUCCAAGGGAGCAGUGAGGCUUUGGCGACCGUCACAGGAAUAGUCGAUGGCACCGGGAGCAUUGGAGCUGCAGUGGGCCAGUAUUUAGUGUCUUUGAUCCAGGACAACCUUGGAUGGAUGUGGGUUUUCUACUUUUUCAUUCUCAUGACGAGUUGUACAAUUCUGUUUAUUUCACCAUUAAUAGUGAGGGAAACGUGCUCUCUUAUGCGAAGGCGACAGGCUCGCAUCCUGAGUGAGUGACUGGUGCCCACAGAGAACAAGAAUAAUAGGAGACACAUCAGGACUCUUACUUCUUUUCCUUCCUCCUAUUUUGGGGUUGUCUUAGGAGCUCCAACACCACCUCACAUUGCCCAGCCUCUUUCAGCGGUGUCGGGUGCUGCGAUGCUGACCAGAGUGAAGGUGGCUGCUUUGCUACACUACAGGAAUUAUUGCUGAUGAGCUUCACUGUUGUUUCACGAAUGUACACACGGCCUGCGAAUCUGCCAGGGUCUUUGUUGGGCCUGUUGAAAUUUAUCCGUUUAACCUUAAAGGCUGCAUUGGACUUGGACCCUUGUUUUCCAGCCUGGGAAGCUGAGUGAGUACGAGGCAGCAUGCAAGGUCCGGCUCCAUGAAUAGAAGGGCUUGUUGCGGAGAGUGGCUUAUCUUCAGAGCAUCAAACCCUGAUGAACUGCUCCAGCUGGAUCCAGCACAAGCCUGCCUUGGACCAAGGAUGCCUUUGUUUACUGUGGUGGGAAAAAUCGUCCUGCACGCAGAAGCGGAAACAUCUCCGCAUUGUCCUCAACUUGUUCUCCGUCUUCAUUCAAGACGAACGCUGGCCCCUGGCAGUGUUGAGUCCCCCUUUCAAGGACCACAAGGUACACGUUGUGAGCAUUCCAGUGUGUAACUGGUAACGAUGUACUCACCCCAGAUUUGCUGUCUGGGAUCCAUGAGGAAGCAAAUGUGCUCAGCCCUGUGUUCAGAGGAUUGGUCUCUGUCACAACUGGGUGCCUUGAGUUACCUCAACAGAAGACUAGAAUUAGAGAAAAGGAAAGGGCGUUUGUCCUAGGAAGCAAUAGGUAUAUGACAUUGAAUCACAUUAAUGGGUCACUCGAGCCUGAGGGGUACUUAGGUGUCCUUGACAAGUUCGGAGAGGAUACGUCUUCAAGGCUGGGAAUCCUAUUCUGAUUGUCAGUGUUUCAAAGCCAUUCUGGAUGUAUAUUCUAAAUUAUGUAAGCAAACCAGGGGAGAAAUGUGCAAUUUUGAGAACUGCCUAAUUUACAAUGGGGUAGGGAAUAUUUUUUAACCUCCUGCUUUGGACUCUGAAAUGUGGUGUGUAUGUGGACUUAUCAAUGUUAUUUAAUCAAGCAGAUUUACAAUCCGUUAAUUGCUCAUU